UUGAUUAUAUAAUAGUUAAUGAUUGUUGACCAACUGGCGUGUACUGUGUACAAUACAGGCGUAUAUAGGCAAAUUCACAAGAAGGCAAGAAGCCAUAUUGAUAGAAGAUAAUUUACCAAAAGAAACGAAAUCAUGGCGGAUGCUGCGGCUCGUCAAUUACAAUACGAGUAUAAAGCGAACUCUAAUCUCGUUUUACAAGCUGACGUCCGGUUAAUAGAGAGACGUAGUCGAGAUGAAGCUACUGGCGAAGUUAUGUCCCUUGUGGGAAAAUUGGAUGGUACACGCAUGGGCGAUAGAGCCCAGCGUACCAAACCGGGGAAAGCAGAGGAGAGAAAAGUCAAACGUCAAAAACGCGAUGAAGCACAGUACGACUUUGCACGUAUGAAAGGAGCAACAUUAUUGUCCGAAGGUGUGGAUAAAAUGGUUGGCAUUGUAUAUCGUCCAAAAACACAAGAGACGCGUCAAACUUAUGAGGUAUUGCUCAGUUUUAUACAAGAAGCUUUAGGUGAUCAACCACGCGAUAUUCUUUGUGGUGCAGCUGAUGAAGUACUGGCUGUGUUAAAGAAUGAUCGGCUUAAAGAGAAAGAGAAGAAAAAAGAAACAGAACUUUUACUUGGUUUAUUAGCAGAAGAAAGAUUUGCCCUUCUUGUCAACCUUGGAAAAAAGAUCACAGACUUUGGCAGUGAUGAAAAAAGCGCAACAAACGAUGAAAAUAUUGAUGAAACAUAUGGAAUUAAUGUACAGUUUGAAGAGAGUAGCGAAGAGGACGAUGAAGAUGUGUACGGAGAAGUCAGGGAAAAUGACGAUGAAGGCGAUGAAGGUGAAGAAGCUAAUGAUGACAGAGCUAUUCAUGCAGAAAAUUUGGGUGGUACAGAAGAAAUGAAGAAAGAAAAACCAUUACAUCCAUUAGACAUAGAUGCAUAUUGGUUGCAAAGAAGGUUAAGUAGAAUAUAUGACGACGCUAUGGUUUCGCAAGCGAGAGCUGCCGAAGUGUUAGCUGUUUUAAAGGAUGCCGCAGAUGAUCGCGAAUGCGAGAAUCAGCUUGUGCUGCUGUUGGGCUAUGAUUGCUUCGACUUUAUUAAACAGCUUAAAAAGUAUAGACAUACAGUUGCAUAUUGUACAAUGUUGGCCUCAUCACAGUCUGAAUCAGAAAGACAAAAAAUUCGUAACAAAAUGAACGAUGACCCAGUACUGGCGAAAAUUUUACGGCAAUUGGACACGGGUAAAGGUGAAGAUGACGCCGACGAAACAAUGGAAGCAAGAUCGCAACGCAAGAGACGGGAAGAGAACGAAGACACGGGAGGGCCUGGGGGACAGGUUCACGGUACAAGAAAUUUGAUAGAUUUGGAGGAUUUGAUAUUCGCUCAGGGAAGUCAUUUUAUGGCGAAUAAACGUUGCCAGCUGCCUGAUGGCAGUUUUCGGAAGCAGCGAAAAGGAUACGAAGAAGUUCACGUUCCUGCCUUGAAGCCGAAACCAUUUGCGGAAAACGAGAGGUUACACCCGAUCGAACAAUUGCCUAAGUACGUGCAACCCGCUUUUGAAGGCUUCAACACAUUGAAUCGCAUACAAAGCCGUUUGUAUCAAACGGCAUUGGAAAGCGACGAGAAUCUGCUAUUGUGCGCUCCAACAGGAGCGGGUAAAACUAACGUAGCUCUAUUAUGCAUGAUGCGGGAGAUCGGAAAGCAUAUAAACGCCGAUGGUACGAUUAACGCGGAUGAGUUCAAAGUGAUUUACGUCGCUCCGAUGCGUUCGUUGGUGCAGGAAAUGGUCGGUAAUUUUCGCAAGCGAUUGUCAACGUACAAUCUGACCGUCUCUGAGUUGACAGGUGACCAUCAAUUAACGCGAGAGCAAAUUGCUGCUACUCAAGUAAUAGUAUGUACCCCGGAGAAGUGGGACAUCAUAACGAGGAAGGGUGGAGAGAAAACUUUUACAUCACUAGUACGAUUGAUCAUUAUCGACGAGAUUCACUUGUUGCAUGACGAGAGAGGUCCUGUUCUAGAAGCUUUAGUUGCGAGAACAAUACGAAAUAUUGAGACUACCCAAGAGGAUGUGCGACUUGUUGGUCUGUCGGCCACGUUACCCAAUUAUCAAGACGUCGCAGCAUUCUUGCGUAUCAAACCGGAAUCAGGACUAUUCUAUUUCGACAAUAGUUUCCGACCUGUAGCUCUAGAACAGCAGUAUAUCGGCGUCACCGAGAAGAAAGCAUUAAAACGUUUCCAGGUGAUGAACGAGAUCGUCUAUGAAAAGACAAUGGAACACGCCGGUAGAAAUCAGGUUUUGAUAUUCGUGCACUCGCGCAAGGAAACUGGAAAAACGGCACGCGCUAUUAGAGACAUGUGCUUGGAGAAAGACACUCUGGGUCAAUUCCUUAGAGAGGGUUCCGCGUCGAUGGAAGUUUUGAGAACGGAAGCGGAGCAGGUGAAGAAUCAAGAACUCAAGGAUCUGUUGCCAUACGGAUUCGCGAUUCAUCACGCUGGUAUGACCCGAGUGGAUCGCACAUUAGUGGAAGAUCUCUUCGCCGACAGACACAUACAGGUUCUCGUAUCUACUGCGACUUUAGCCUGGGGUGUCAAUUUGCCAGCUCAUACAGUCAUCAUUAAAGGAACUCAGGUCUAUAAUCCGGAGAAAGGCAGAUGGGUAGAGCUGGGCGCUCUUGAUGUGCUGCAAAUGUUAGGAAGAGCUGGUCGACCUCAGUACGAUACCAAGGGCGAGGGUAUUCUUAUCACAAAUCACAGCGAGUUACAGUAUUAUCUAUCGCUUCUAAAUCAACAAUUACCCAUCGAAUCCCAAUUAAUCAGCAAGAUGUCCGACAUGUUGAAUGCGGAGGUAGUGCUAGGUACAAUCCAGAAUAUCAGAGACGCAGUCACGUGGCUCGGCUAUACUUAUCUUUAUAUCAGAAUGCUUCGUUGCCCGAAUCUAUAUGGGAUAAGUAACGAUAAACUAAACCAAGAUACUUUAUUAGAACUGCAUAGAGCCGAUCUGAUUCAUUCAGCCGCAGUCGGAUUAGAUCGCAGCGGUUUAAUCAAGUAUGAUCGCAAGUCCGGCAAUUUUCAGGCGACCGAAUUGGGCAGAAUAGCGUCUCACUAUUAUUGCACGCAUGAGACGAUGUCUACAUACAAUCAGCUGCUGAAACGCACAUUGAGCGAGAUAGAAUUGUUCCGCGUAUUUUCGCUCUCGGGCGAAUUCAAGAAUAUAAAUGUCAGAGAAGAAGAAAAGCUAGAGCUACAGAAGCUAAUGGAGAGAGUACCAAUUCCCGUGAAAGAGAGCAUCGAAGAACCGAGCGCGAAAGUAAACGUGCUCUUACAGGCGUACAUCUCGCAAUUAAAACUCGAGGGAUUCGCUCUCAUGUCCGACAUGGUGUUUGUGACGCAAUCUGCCUCGCGUCUUAUGCGAGCCAUUUUUGAAAUAGUCCUGUUUCGCGGCUGGGCGCAAUUGGCGGAUAAAUGUCUCUCCUUAUGCAAGAUGAUCGAUCGCAGGAUGUGGCAAUCGAUGUCGCCGCUCAGACAAUUCCGCAAGAUGCCGGAAGAAAUCGUAAAGAAGAUAGAGAAGAAGAAUUUCCCGUGGGAGAGACUGUACGAUCUAGGUCCUAAUGAGAUUGGAGAAUUGAUCCGUGUACCGAAACUGGGCAAGACCAUUCACAAAUACGUUCACCAAUUUCCGAAGCUCGGUCUAUCGACGCAUAUUCAGCCCAUCACGCGUUCCACCCUGCGAGUUGUACUAACUAUUACACCAGAUUUCCAAUGGGAUGAGAAAAUCCACGGUAUGUCGGAAGCGUUUUGGAUCCUGGUUGAAGAUGUAGAUUCGGAGGUGAUAUUGCACCAUGAAUACUUUUUAUUAAAGGCCAAAUACGCUGCUGACGAACAUAUAAUCAAGUUUUUUGUGCCGGUUUUUGAGCCUUUACCGCCGCAAUAUUUUUUGCGUAUGGUAUCCGACCGAUGGAUCGGGGCGGAGACACAAUUGCCCGUAAGUUUUCGACAUCUGAUAUUACCCGAGAAGAAUCUACCACCCACGGAACUGUUGGAUUUGCAAGCGCUACCAAUCACAGCGUUGCGAAACGCAAAGUUUGAAAACAUCUAUUCCGAAUUCCCGCAGUUUAAUCCUAUUCAAACGCAGGUGUUCAACGCGGUUUAUAAUUCCGAUGAUAACGUGUUUGUCGGAGCGCCUACAGGUUCGGGGAAAACGACCAUCGCGGAAUUCGCGGUAUUGAGAUUGCUGACGCAAAAUCAGGAAGGUCGAUGCGUAUACAUGGUGAGCAAGGAAGCAUUGGCCGAAUUAGUAUAUGAUGAUUGGGCGAAGAAAUUCGGCCAACAGCUAGGUAGAAAAGUCGUUCUUUUGACGGGCGAAACGGGAACGGAUCUGAAACUAUUGGCCAAGGGACAGAUCAUUAUCACUACGGCGGACAAAUGGGACGUGUUAUCGCGCAGAUGGAAACAACGAAAGAACGUGCAAAACAUUCAGUUAUUUAUCGUAGACGAACUGCAGUUGAUUGGUGGAGAGGAAGGCCCCGUACUGGAAGUUGCGUGUUCGCGAGCACGUUACAUUUCCUCACAGCUUGACAAGCCCACCAGAAUAAUAGCGUUGUCGGCAUCGUUGGGUGAUGCCAAAGACGCCGCUCAGUGGCUAGGUGCACCAGCAGCGGCUACUUUCAAUUUCCAUCCCUCCGUACGACCGGUGCCGUUGGAGCUGCACGUCCAAGGUAUAAACGUCACUCACAAUGCAUCGAGAUUGGCCGCUAUGGCGAAACCGGUAUAUAACGCAAUCCUUCGACAUGCUGCGCAUAAACCGGUGAUCAUAUUUGUGCCUACACGUCGACAAGCGAGAUUAACGGCUAUCGACUUGCUAACAUUCACGGCAGCUGAGGGUCAACCGUCAAAAUUCUUCCAUGCAGAAGAGGCCGACAUUAUUCCAUUCCUCGAUCGGAUGGUCGAUAAAACGUUAAAGGAGACUCUAUCACAAGGUGUGGCUUAUCUUCACGAAGGUUUAUCGGCCGACGACCGUCGUUUGGUCGAACGAUUGUUCGACAGCGGCGCUAUUCAAGUGGCAGUCGCUACGAGGGACCUCUGCUGGGGUUUAUCAAUCAAUUCCCACUUGGUUGUGGUCAUGGAUACACAGUGCUACAACGGUAAAACACACGCCUAUGAAGAUUAUCCGAUCACGGACGUUUUGCAGAUGGUGGCGCGAGCUAAUCGUCCACUGGAGGAUGAAGAUGCCAAGUGCGUGCUCUUGUGUCAAAGCUCAAAGAAAGAUUUCUUCAAAAAGUUUCUGAACGAACCAUUACCGGUAGAGAGCCAUCUGGACCGCCGGCUACACGAUCACUUCAACGCGGAAAUCGUGACAAAGACGAUCGAGAAUAAACAGGAUGGAGUCGAUUACCUCACGUGGACCUUCCUGUAUCGACGACUUACCCAGAAUCCCAAUUACUACGGUUUGCAGGGUGUCACGCACCGGCAUCUCUCGGAUCAUCUGUCUGAGCUAGUCGAGAGUACAUUGACCGAUCUUGAACAAGCCAAGUGCGUCGCUGUAGAGGAGGAGAUGGACACCUUGCCGCUCAAUCUAGGAAUGAUCGCCGCCUACUACUAUAUCAAUUACGCCACCAUCGAAUUGUUCAGUUUGUCUCUCAACAACAAGACGAAGAUUAGAGGCUUACUAGAGAUUAUUUCGGCAGCCGCCGAGUACGAGAGCGUUCCGGUGCGACAGAGGGAAGAAAAUUUAUUGAGAAGUCUAGCCGCACGUCUACCUCAUGCACCACAAGCCACCAGAAUGGCCGAUCCUCAUGUGAAGGCACAAUUAUUGUUGCAGGCUCAUUUGUCGAGGAUACAGUUGGGUCCAGAAUUGCAAAAGGAUACCGAAUUGGUGCUGGGCAAGGCCGUAAGGCUGAUACAAGCUUGCGUCGACGUGCUGAGCUCCUCCGGAUGGUUAGCGCCCGCCGUCGCCGCUAUGGAAUUGGCACAGAUGGUGACGCAGGCAAUGUGGUCCAAAGAUUCUUAUUUAAAACAGCUGCCACAUUUUACAGCUGAGACUAUAAAGCGCUGCACCGACAAGGGCGUGGAAACCGUGUUCGACGUGAUGGAGCUCGAGGAUGACGAUCGGAAUCGACUGUUGCAACUAACGGACGCGCAAAUGGCGGAUGUCGCCAAGUUCUGUAAUCGUUAUCCCAACAUUGAGAUGUCGUAUGAGGUGCAAGAUAAGGAUAAAUUACGUAGCGGUGGUACGGUAAAUGUGAUCGUGCAAUUGGAACGGGAGGACGAGGUCACCGGCCCAGUGGUCGCGCCAUUCUUCCCACAGAAACGCGAGGAAGGCUGGUGGGUAGUGAUCGGCGAUCCGAAGAGCAACUCGUUACUAUCUAUCAAGCGGCUAACGUUGCAACAAAAGGCAAAGAUCAAGCUGGACUUUGUUGCCCCGGCGCCCGGCCAGCAUUCCUACACUCUGUACUUUAUGAGCGACGCUUAUCUUGGCUGCGAUCAGGAAUACAAGUUUACCAUCAACGUCGGGGAAUACGAAUCGGAUGCCAGUUCCGGUUCCGAUUCCGAUUGAGUCAUUUAAAUCUCUCUAAUAUGUUCCGUAAUAUAUAUUUAUCAUUUUCCAGUACAGAGCAUAUAUUUCUCAAAUAUACCGAUAUCACCAUCCAAUCAAUCCGAUUAUUUCUUUUAGCACAUAAUUUAAGGUAAUUGGAAUAAUUAUAAGAAAGCGUGUGUAUAGAAAUCGGUAAGAAUCUAAAAGUAGCAAUUAUGUUAAGUUGCUUAGCAAUUACGUUUAAAUAGUGUGUCGCAUAUUAUUACUGUGAGAGAAGAGACAACUAAGAAUAAAAUUUAUAUUUGAAUAUAAAGGGCAUAAUAAUUGUGUAUUAUUUUUAUGUAUCAAAUUUUUUGCAUAUAAAUUCUCUGAAAUAU